GCAAGCUGCUCACAGGUUCAUCUCUGGUUCAUGCAUGAUCAUGUCGGUUUCUCCAAAUCCAAAAAACCCUCAAUUUUCUCCAUUAUCCCAAUACCCUCAUCCAUGAUUUCAUGCAUACAUCACACACAAAUAUAUAUAUAUACACGCAAGUUUGGUAGUAAUUAAUUAAGUUUGCAACAUUGGUUGAUAUUUGAGAUCAGAAAAGAAAAAAAUGGGGAUUUCACCUUCUUCCAAAACGAGUAGUGUUUCAGCGAUAACAUUAAUCCUGCAUUUGACAAUGGCGGUUUACGGGAGCAACUACUUGGAAGAUUUCGACAUCACGUGGGGCGGAGACAGGGGCAAAAUCGUCAGCAACGGCGCGCUUCUGACGCUGUCCCUCGACGGCGCCUCCGGCUCCGGCUUCCAGUCGAAGAAGGAGUACCUGUUCGGGAAGAUCGACAUGCAGCUCAAGCUCGUGCCCGGAAACUCCGCCGGAACCGUCACGGCUUACUACCUGUCGUCGCAAGGGGCGAAUCACGACGAGAUAGAUUUCGAGUUCUUGGGGAAUUUGAGCGGCCAGCCUUACACGAUGCAUACGAAUGUGUACGCGCAAGGGAAGGGGGAGAGAGAGCAGCAGUUUCGGUUGUGGUUCGAUCCAACGGCCGAUUUCCACACUUACUCUAUCCUGUGGACCCCACAAGCUAUCGUCUUCGCAGUGGACAACGUGCCAAUAAGAGAAUUCAAGAACUUGGAGAGGGUGGGAGUGGCGUUCCCAAAGGGGCAGCCGAUGAGGCUGUAUUCGAGCAUUUGGAACGCCGAUGAGUGGGCGACGAGAGGCGGGCUGAUCAAGACCGAUUGGAGCGGCGCGCCCUUCACCGCCGCCUACACAAACUUCAGCUACAGGCCGUGGAUGCCUCUCCCCCACUUGGAUUCCGGCAUCAAUCAAGCCAAGCUCAAGUGGGCCCAGCGGAAUUUCAUGAUCUAUAACUACUGCUCCGACACUAAGCGCUUCCCCACCGGCUUUCCCCCCGAGUGUCGUCACGCUUAGGUAACCGAGGGCCGGACCGUGUAUAUAUAUAUACAUUCUCGUCAAUAAAGUACAAAUAUUUGGCCCUGUCUCA